GUUUGAGAUGGUCGCCUCCAACUCUGGAUUUAAGAGGACCAGCAGUCGUAGGAGAUAUGACCUGUCGCUCAUCGUCCUCUGGUAUAUUCCAAUUGAUCGGUAGGAAGAAUCUUUCGCAAUAUGGCGCAAAUAGAAGCCCCUCUCGACACAUCCUACCCCGUCCCUCGGGCUUCAGGCGAGAUCCAUGGAUUCUGCGACGCCUACCCUCUGCGACGGCAUAAGUUUGAAGACGCGGCCAAUGACGGCUCCUUACAAUGUCGUGCCGACUGGGAGACAUACAUUGGUCCGACAGAACGCUGGGGAUGCGGCAACCCGUGGGAGGGUCACUUUGCAGCGGUCGUCCUGCCUUUCUGUCGGCCUGAUCGCAUCGCAGUCAUCAGCUAUAUCUUCGAGUAUGCGUUUUUGUAUGACAGCGUGGUGGAGUCGGUGGAAAGGUCUACGUUGAACAUCAACGCAGACGACAUUGCCCUCGAUGAAACGGAAUACCGAACCGUGCGGUCCAUCACCGGCACCAAGCAGAUCCAGUCUAAAAUGCUUCUCGAGCUGCUCUCGAUUGAUCCUCAAUGCGCCGAGGUCGUUAUUGACGCCUGGAAAACCAUGAUCAGCACGACAGCCAAGCAGGACAAGACGCGAACGUUCAGCAAUCUGGAGGAUUAUGUGAACUAUCGGAUAAUUGACACGGGGGCACCUCACAGAUUCGUCGAUACCCUGAUGCGCUUCGGAAUGGACAUCAAUCUGACACCUGAUGAGGAGGAGCUCGUCGCUCCAAUUGUCAAGCCAUGCUAUGCUGCCCUCGGGUUGGCCAAUGACUACUUUUCCUUCGACGUCGAAUGGGGGGAAUUCCAAAAAGAAGAUUCAGACAGAAAGGCCAUGACGAAUGCGGUGUGGUUAUUCAUGCAAUGGCACCAUGUGGACGAGCAAGAGGCGAAACGAUGUGUCCAGCAGGUGACAAACGAGUACGAGAAGGAAUACCAACAACGAGUACAUGGUUUCCUAUCAGGCCACGGGAAGGAGAACGCCAAGUUGCACACAUACCUCAGCGCCCUGGGGUAUCAAAUCCCGGGAAAUGUGUCCUGGAGUCUCCGAUGCCCCCGUUACCAUCCCUGGCUCUGUGGGGAAGCCAGCGCUAUCUUGCAGGAUUCGACUGGUGAGACUCAGAACCUGAAGCGACGGAGUAUCUCAGGAGAGAGUGAUACAUCUCAGUCAUCAGUCUGGUCCGAUGCUGGUGACAGCUCUCCUCGAUCGUCGAUAUCCUCGGCUCCUUCUAUGGAUGUCAGCAAGCUGUCCGACCGGGCACACCUAGGAUCCGAGCGUCUUAUGAGUCCCGCAGAGUAUAUCAGCUCCCUUCCCUCCAAAGGAGUCCGGGAGGCAUUUAUCGAUGCCUUGAAUGUGUGGCUCGUUCUGCCGUAUAACCAUGUUAAUGUCUUGAAAUCGAUCGCGAAGACAUUACAUAACGCGUCGCUGAUGCUGGACGAUAUCGAAGACUCCUCGCCUCUCCGCCGUGGCCAGCCCGCGACGCACACCAUCUUCGGAGAGGGACCGACGAUCAACUCCGCCAAUUUCCUGCUCAUCCAGGCCAUGGACCAGGUGAGGCAGUUGGAGGACCCAGCGUGUUUGGACAUCUUCGUCGAGGACAUGCGCAACCUCUUCAUCGGGCAAAGCCAUGAUUUGUACUGGACGCAGCAGGGCGAGUGCCCAGCAGAGGACGAAUACAUGGAGAUGAUCCGGCAAAAAACCGGUGGUCUCUUCCGACUGUUAGCUCGCUUAAUGAUGCAGAAAGCACCAGCUCAGCAAAAUCGUAAUAUCUCACUGGACCCCCUCAUCAACCUCCUAGGAGAAUACUUCCAGAUCCGAGAUGAUUACAAGAACUUGACAGAAGAGUAUACCGGCCAAAAAGGCUUUUGUGAAGACUUGGACGAGGGAAAGUUCUCUUUCCCAUUAAUCCAUGCUCUAAGGUCACAUCCUGAAGACUUGGAGCUCCGAGAGAUCCUACAACGAGCCCGUGAGUCCGGCGGACUCGAUGUAUCGUCGAAACAGUGUGUGCUGGACCAUUUCCACCAAAACGGGAGCAUGGAGUACACGCAACAGACGCUUCGAGACCUAAUGGAGGAGAUCAAGGAUCGAAUCGGUCAGGUGGAGAAGGAAGCGGGCAGCUCGAAUUGGGUUCUCAGGCUGCUCGUUCACAGAUUGGAAGUGUGAUGGCACACUUCAGAUGACGAGAUUAAUGACUUAGAGCUUUGUUAAACACCAUUGUAUAUGU